CCUAGCAUAAGAGGUAUUAUCGCCUUUCCGUUCCGACUCCAGUCGAAGUGCGAGAGAGACUUGCGAAAGAGUGGGAGAGAAUGGUGUCGGGAUCGGGAAUCUGCGCGCGGCGGGUGGUGGUGGACGCUCGCCACCACAUGCUUGGUCGGCUGGCGUCGAUCUUGGCCAAAGAGCUUCUCAAUGGCCAGAGAGUGGUGGUUGUCCGGUGCGAAGAGAUCUGUCUCUCCGGCGGGCUCGUACGCCAGAAAAUGAAGUAUCUCCGCUUCCUCCGCAAGCGCAUGAACACCAAGCCCUCUCACGGUCCUAUCCACUUCCGCGCUCCCUCAAAGAUCCUCUGGCGCACCAUCCGUGGAAUGAUUCCACACAAGACCAAGCGUGGAGCGGCGGCGCUGGCCAGAUUGAAGGCGUACGAGGGUAUUCCUUCGCCCUACGACAAGAUGAAGAGGAUGGUCAUUCCUGAUGCUCUCAAGGUAUUGAGGCUUCAAGCUGGACACAAGUACUGUUUGUUGGGAAAGCUCUCAUCAGAGGUUGGAUGGAACCAUUACGACACCAUUAGGGAGCUAGAGAAGAAGAGGAAGGACAGAGCUCAAGUGGCAUAUGAGAGAAAGAAGCAGCUUACUAAGCUGAGGAUCAAGGCUGAGAAGACUGCCGAGGAGAAGCUUGGAUCUCAAUUAGAUAUACUUGCUCCUGUCAAGUACUAAUUUGGUUUGGUUGGGUGUCUUUUGAGAAGCCUGUUUCCUAUUUAAACUUUUUUUUCUCCUGUCUAGGUUUCUUUGGAUUUUUUUAAGUUGUGAAGACUUGGAAAGAGUUUUGUUGAGGAUUACAGGGUGUUGAAUUCCUUUUAAUUUUGAUGAUUAUGGAGGAGCUUGAAUUCCUACAAUUUUUACCAGGCCAUUUUUAUUUAUGACGAUGGGGUUUGCAUGUUUCAUUUAAUAUGAGGUAACCUUUUAAAGA